AUGGGGAUACAGAAGGCUCCGUCGCGUGGGCGGGGCCAGAAACCGGCCGCUGUUUCUUCGUCGUCUUCGAGCGACGAUGCCGUUGUCGCGGCGCUGUUGAAGGAACGUCGCGUUCUUCAGCGGACCGAAGAGCUGCUGCGGCGACGGGCGCAGGAGGCAGAAGCUGGCAGAGAUGAUGGGGAGAGUAUGGUGGACACUGCUGGAUCGCAGGCCAAAGACGAAGAAGACGACUUUCAUCUCACUGCGGCCGAUGGCGGAGAGGCUUCUUCAUCGCUGCUGCUGGCGCGAUGCAGUCCGUUUGAUGCAGAUGCAGCCCUGGAGUGCCUAGAUCUGCUGAGGCAAAGCGUACAAGCUCAGAGUGCUCUGGCCGCGGGACAGGGUGCGGAGGACGGAACAUCCGCCAUACAGACGCCUGUCCUCUCCACAGCUCUGCACACGUUGGUCGUCUGCAUCUGUAGGGAGGCAGCUGCGGGCGCAGAAGACCCCGGCAACGAGCGAACGCGGCGCAUCACGACCGGCCUCUCACUUCUUUUUGCGCUUCUCGUCGAGGAAGGGUUGCCCCAGGCGCCGCUUGAACGGCACCGGGCUGCUCACGAGGACGCAGCUUUGAUUGACGGUUUACUGAGGGCAAUAGAUGCAGUGAGCUCGUCUAUGAAAACGGGCUCCCCGCGUCCUUUACUUCUCUUGCUGCAUGCGCUGCGGCGCAUCUUUCUCCCGCCGCCAGCAGGCAAGGCCGAGGAAGAGGGCCGCAGCGCCUGCGGCUGCCUUCCCACUCGAGCGGUCUGGACUCGACUUCUCUACGUCCUCACGGAGGACCCUAGGGCCUCGGCUCGCUGGCUGUCGAGGCAAGUCGCUCUCCACUUGCUCCGCGUCGCUGCCGAGCAGGUCUCCUCAUCCUCCUCCCCGAAGAAGCAAAAGCGGGCUCGGGAAUCGCUGCAGACGUGCAUGGGUGUCCUCGACCGGUGGGUGCGCUCUCUCGACUUCACGGUCGUCACGGCCACAGCUGUCCCAGCUUCCACGCUGCUCCAGAGAAGUCUCCCCUUCUUCCACCGCUGCCUGCCGCCUUUGCUAGACUUGGAGAGCUCGCAGAACGCUGGCGCGCAGUCUGCAGCGUCCGCGGACAAGCCCGCAGAGCCGCAGCAAGCGGCCGAAGGUCUCUGCGUGCGGCUCGCCUUCCUGUCGCGGAAGGCAGGCCGAACGCCCGCCGCUGCGGACGCCCUUCGGUGCGUAGCAGCUGUCAUUCGCGACUUGCGACGCCCUCGCCGAUGCCUCGGAGAGGCUGAGAAGGCUCCGCUAGCGGACCCACAGGGACGGCGUCGCGCCGAGGGCGGCCACGGAGACGCGGGAUCAUCGGCGUCGGCGCUUUCGUUGACGGUGCAGCUGCUCCCGGCGCUGCUGCAGCAGCAGAAGCGGCAAGGCGCCCAGCGAGGGCUGUGGGAGGAACUCGGCGGUGACAAAGGGAAGGGCAGCUGCCCCGUGCCUCAGGGCACCAUUCAGUAUGCGACUGCGUGGGUCGACGCGGUGGCGGCGACGACCUGCGCGCUCAUGCACUGGGCGGGAGAGGCGCGCGAGCCCUGGAAGGCGCCAGAGAUGGACGAGGCGAUGGGCGAGGAGGAGAAGCCGGAGGCCCUGAAGCAGGACACAGAAAGUAUGGACGAGCUGCUCCUGCUGCAGCAGCUCAAGAGUUUGUCUCUCGCGGACGAUGAGGGCAGGACAUCCCUCGCAAAGGUCGUCGCGGACUCCCAGACGCUGUGCCCGCCCUCGUCCGCUGCUGGCACCGCGGCGUCGGUUCGCCUGUCCGUCUGCAUGCAAGCUGUAGAGCGCGUAAUUCGUUGCUUCCGGAGAGUUCUCGAUACCGAAUCCGACCCGUCGAUCCUCUCGGCAGUCUCUGUCACAGGCCGCCGCCUCAUUGAGGCUUCUGGCAGUGCGUCGGUUCCCGCGUUCCCCGCCCUCGCCUCCUUCUGCCUCUCUCUUCUGCACUUUCGCCACAAGCGGCGCCUCCCGGAGGGGCUCGAGGCGACUCGCGCGCUCUUCGCCGCACUCGAGGCUGUGGCUAGCAAACAGUUUGUCGAGUGCUGGCUUCACCCGGAGCUGGAUCACUUUAGACGCGCGUCAGGUGGGGGAGCGGACAAGUCAGUCCAGAGCAGCAAAAACACGGUUCAGGCCUACGACGGCAAAUGCAUGCCGACCUUCCUGCGCCACUUCUUGGAAAUCUACAGGCCCUGCUUCGCUCCUCUGCUCACGCAGAUCGUAAACAUGUUUGCGGUCGUCGAGACAGGCGAGGCCCCUGAACAGGGCACCGGGGGCAAGGCGAGAGAUGGCGAAGAGAAGAGGAAAGCGGAGAAGAAGAAGUCUGUAGAGGAGGUGUUUGGUUUGAACAAGGAUAGCCGGGACUCGACGCGCAUUCAGCAACAAGACUUGGCUCCGUACAGAGGCCACAUUCGCCUUUGCGUCUCGGCGGCUCUGUGUGCCUUCAAGGCGCGUACGCUUCUUACAGAUCCUCAUCUUCUCCCGGUUCGCUCGCGGGCCUCUGUGUCGUUCAGCUCAGUCCAGCAGCACGGUCGUCUGCUGCAGCAGUGCCCAAUCACCAACGCGUGGGCUCUCGCUCUCCUUCCUCGCCUGCUUGGUCGGGACGAGCUCCACUUCUUCUCGACGCACUUCCUUCCCCUAGCCCGUGAGCUUCAACAGCAAACUGCAGAAAAGGCGAAGAGGCAGCCGCUCGAGGCGCGCGAGCUCUGCCGGCUUAGCCAGCAGGUCUGGAGCCUCUUGCCUGGAUUCGCCAACCACCCAGUCGACCUGGCGACGGGCAUUUCGGCGAACGAUUUCGCCUUAAUGAAAAACAUACUGCAGUUCCUUCAUGAUCCCGUCCUCAGGGAGGAGAUAUGUUCUGCGAUCCGGAACCUGUCUGAGGCCGCCGUCGCAACGGGGGCCGCGGAGGAGAGCAGCGGCGAAGAAGAGGCUUCUGCUGCGCGAGGGAAGAGCAACAAAGAACUUGGAGACGACGCUGAGAAAGCGGUGAUGGAGGCUCUUUGCACGGCCACCAGCUCGUGCGCCAAGGAAGCCAUGCAGGCGUGCGGCGCGCACGUCAUGGGAUUCCUCGUGGUUCGCUUCCUGCAGGUGCAUAAGAUCUCCUUGAAGAAGGAUGGAGAAGAAACAGCGGGGGAGCGAGCCCUUGCAGCCAUGCUCCUGGGCGAAAAAGAAGAUCUGGAGCAGCUCACGCAGAGUGCCAAAAUGAAGGCUGCUCAGCACUUGCUCGGGGCUAUCAAGGCGUAUGCGCCGCUGUGCCCUCCCGACCUUCUUCACGCCAACGUCCGUCGCUUUACGACCGCGUUCCUUCGUCGGGCGAAUGCGGCCGCAGGUCUCCCUUCUGACUCGCCGUCUGCUGGCUCGCCUGCCGCCAUGGGGGUCGCCGAGUGCUCAGCGCUGGUGGACGUCGCCGACGCGCUGCACCCGUUCCUGCCCGUUUCUGUCGGGUUGGAGGUGUUCGAAAGCCUCCGCCAGUUGGUUUCGGUAUGCAGCCGCGGUCUCCUGACAAGCAGCAACCCGGCGGAGUCGCAGCAGACGCAAGAUGACCGGCUUGUGCUUCGAGCACUCCUCCGCCGAGGCUACAAGGCCCUCAAGCAUGUGCUGGAGCGGUCGGCGGCGUGUCGGGCGCCGUCCCCGGAGGCCACUGAGGCUGUGCCCUCUUGCGUGCUGGGGCGUCAGGAACUCGAGAGCCUCUGGGAGGACCUUGUGGCUGCCCGCAACGUCUCCUGCGGCACGGCGGCCGAAAAACCGCGCCUGGGGUGCCUCCGCGCGUUUGUUGGCUGCCUCACAGCUGCUGCACACGCCGCGAUACAGCGACAGGAAGAGUCGAGCUCUCACGCUGUCUGGGAUAACCUGCUGCUCGAACGCGUGUUCCCAGCGGUCGUCCCGGAGAUCCUCCUCUCUCUCAAAGAUCUCAAUCGUCUAGUUCGCGAAACCGCCCUUUCGUCUCUCUCUGCUCUCUGCGAUGCCUGCGGGGGGGAUCAAGCGAAAUUGACACGCCUCGCCGUUUUGAUCGCAACGGGUCUCGGCGGUACCACAGGAGUCGCAGCGCGUGGAAUCUCUGGAGAAACGCCCAUCAUGAAGACGGCAGCUGUCCUCGCGCUGAGCCGCGUCGUCUUUAGCUACAGCGAUCAAAUGGACGAGUCCCUCAUCCAGCAGAUCGCCGACGUCGUGCUCGUCCUGCUGCAGGACGGGGACAAACAGGUCUUUCUCGCUGCGCUUCGCUUCGCCAGGGUUAUUGCUCAAGUCGUUGACACUAACACGUUGGAGCGUUUCCUCCCCGCCAUGUUGGCCGUCCUGCGCAAUAAGCACGCUCUGCGAGCUAAAAUGCGGAUAAGACGGUUGAUUGAGAAGCUGUUGAAGAAUCUGGGAGAGACCGCUAUCAGGGCAGCCUUCCCACAGGAACACCUGCCUCUUCUUCGGCAUCUCCAGCGAAGUGUUCGGAAACAGCAGCUGCGGGAACUCCUCGUCAAUAGAGCACUCCAAGAGGGCCUCUCGUGGGAUGAGCUCAGCUUUAAGCACGGUGCCGGCGAGGAGACCGAGGCGCGAGGCAAGAAGGGCAAGAGAAAGGAGAAUGACGCCUUUUCAAAGAUGAUGGAAGAGGAUGAGGAAGAUGAUGAAGACGACGAGGACGAUGCCUCGGCAGCUAAAAAGGCAGCACUGCGGAAGCGCCGAGCUGAGAGCCAAGCCGCGGACGACGAGGAGAACGAAGACCACGAGAAGUCGCAGAAGAAGACCUCGCCUUCUCUAAUGCAGCAGCUGCUCGACGCUUUCGAGGAGGAGGACGACAGUGACGACGAAGGCCGCAGAAACAAAAAGAGGAAGCGGUCUCGAGCGGCAGGUGAUUCGGCAAACCAAAACGACGUGAUGCUUUUGGAGGACAGUGCAGGUGAACUGCCGCUUGACUUCUACUCACCGGCGGCAGCUCACCGCGUCCUUCUCAGUCAGCCUCUGACGAAGCACAGGCGCCGAAUUCUCUCUGAGGGCGAACGCAGCAAGGUCUCCAACUUGACUUGGAAUGAAGAGGGCCGUCUGGUGAUUCCUGAAGAAGAGGACGAUGAGGAGGACGACAAAGAUGCCGGUUUCACAAUAGGCAAGGCAUCUUCUACACCUGGUGGCAAGCGCGGUCUGUCGAUCACGGGGAAGACACCGCCGCUCUCGUCGCUUGCGAAGAAGGGAGGACUUCAGAAGGAGGCAGGCGCAUCGCGCAAGAAUCUGAGCUGCCUGGCGGCUCGCAGGGAAGCGAUGAAGUCAGCGAAGCAGGAGCGAAGAAGAGGCCAUUUUGUGCAGAAGAGCGGCGAUGAAUUCAAGGCUAAGAAGGCGAAAGGUGACGUCAAACAAAACAACAAAGUCGAGCCUUUUGCGUAUAUCCGGCUCAAUCGGGUGAUGCUCAGGGAGAAGCACAGACCGCAAGCUCUACAGUCUUUGGCGACUCUGGUCAAGAAGAAGGACAAGCGUAGAGGUGGUGCGAAGGGCAAAGGAAACUCUUCUGUGAAGAAGAACACCAACAAGAGGAGCCGGCAGAUUCGCCGGUGA